AUGCCUUCCUCCGAGGUCAAUUUCAAGAUCCAAGAUGAAGGGCGUCUGGCAGAAUUGGGAUAUACGCAGGAGUUGAGGCGAGAAUGGAGUCUGUUGCACAAUUUCGGCGCAUCCUUUUCCAUCAUUAGUGUGGUGACCGGGAUCACGACUCUCUUCGCCUAUGGCCUGAACACAGGUGGGCCCGGCGUCAUGACCGUUGGCUGGAUCAUCGUCAGCAUGUUCACACUCAUCAUUGGCGCCUGCAUGGCCGAGAUCCUCUCCUCAAUCCCUACCUCGGGAGGCCCCUACUUCUGGGCCUACAUGCUCGCUCCCCAACACAAUGCCCCCUUCUUCGCCUGGAUCACUGGCUGGUUCAACCUUCUGGGACAGAUAGCCGUCACCACCGGGAUAGACUUCGGGUUGGCAACCCUAAUCUCCACCACGGCCCAAGUCAGUAACGGUUACCACCCUUCGUCCGGGAAGACUUUGGGCAUACUCGCGGUGGUGCUGGCGUCGCAUGUCCUCAUCAACCUGUUCAGUGUGCGCACUUUACGGUACAUGAUCUACACCUCCAUUGUCUUAAACACCCUGGGGGUGUCAUGUCUGGCGAUCGCAGUCCUUGCAAAGGCACCGACGCACCAAUCUGCAAAGUUCGUCUUUUCCACCUUCUACGAUGGCACGGGAUUGCCGGGUCAGGACGGGUGGAGCAUACGAGCGUCUCCGGCAUAUGUGGCCGCCGUCGGAGUCCUGAUGUCGCAGUACACCAUUUUGGGCUUUGAUGCUUCAGCCCAUCUGUGUGAGGAGACGAGGAAAGCCGUCAGGGAUGCUCCGUUGGGUUUGCUGUCGGCGAUUGCAGGGUCGUCUGUGAUUGGAUUCUUUUUGAUCGUCGCUCUGCUAUUUUCGAUUCAGGACUUCCAGGCUGUCAGAACCAGCCCGCUACCAGUGUUGAAAAUCUUGAUGGAUGCAUGUGGUGAAGGAGGUGGAUUGGUGCUCAUGGUCCUGAUCAUGCUUUGCGUCUGGCAUUGCGGUCUUUUCAGCCUGACGUCCAACUCCCGCAUGAUGUUCGCCUUCGCCCGUGACGGCGGCAUUCCGCACCGACUACACAUCAUCGACCGCGGCUUCCACUCCCCGAUCCGCACCGUCCUCUUCGGCGCCGGCUGUUCCUUCCUCCUCGCCCUCCCGUCCCUCGGCUCCACCGUCGCGUUCGACGGCACGACUUCCAUCGCCACGAUCGGCCUCUACCUAUCCUACGGCAUCCCCAUCGCCAUGGGCCUCGCGUACCCACGCAAUUUCAAACGCGGGCCGUUCAACCUCGGCUCCGCAUCCAAGCCCCUCGCCAUGGUCGCCUGUCUCUGGAUUGCCUUCAUCACUAUCGUGUUCUGCCUCCCGGCGGAAAACCCGGUUACGCAGCAGACGCUCAACUACACGCCCGUGGCCCUGGCGGUGGUAGGCGUCUUCGCCUUCGGCUCGUGGUUCCUAUGGGCGAGACAUUGGUUCACGGGGCGGUGUAGGCAUCAUUGCAGGAUCUGCAUUCGGCAGUUGGACUUCCUGGGCGAGGAGAUGGUGUACAGAUCCGACACCGUGGACAGCGACGGCCAUCAACGGCUGAAGAGUAACGAGGGCACCAACGACGGCUUUCAGCCCAGUGAUCCCGAUUUCAGGAAAAGAGGGGAAAGUAGAGGCGGGUUGAAGAAGGCGGGUGAUCAGUAA